UUCAAUCAAACGCUAGUUACUUGUUGCAGCUAGCUAGCUAGCUAACUCGAGAUUCAUUCUUUCAUUUCUUCAUUCAAUCUCAUAUUCUUGUCCUUUAAUUCAUCGGAUAUAUAUAUAUAUAGAGAGAUGGCGAUUAUCGAUAUUGAACAGCAGCCUCUUGUGGGAUUGUCGAGGGUUGCAGUUUCGGACACACAUGGUGAGGAUUCGCCAUAUUUUGCUGGGUGGAAAGCUUACGAUGAAGACCCUUAUGACGAGGAGGGCAAUCCUGGGGGGGUUAUCCAGAUGGGUCUUGCUGAGAAUCAAGUUUCGUUUGACAUGCUGGAGAAGUACCUGGAAAAGCAUUCUGCAGAUACGACGACGACGACGACAGGCUGCAACGGUAAAAAAACUACCUCGGCCUUCAGAGAGAACGCACUCUUCCAGGACUAUCAUGGACUUUUCUCUUUCAGAAAGGCAAUGGCGAGCUUCAUGGAACAAAUACGAGGAGGACGAGCCACGUUCGACCCCGACAGGAUCGUCAUCACCGCCGGCGCCACCGCCGCCAACGAACUUCUCACCUUCAUCCUCGCCGACCCCGGCGACGCUUUGCUCAUCCCCACUCCUUACUAUCCUGGGUUCGACAGGGACUUGCGAUGGAGAACGGGCGUCAACAUCGUCCCCAUCCACUGCGACAGCUCCAACAACUUCGAGGUCACUCCGGCGGCCAUGGAAGCCGCCUACGCGGCGGCGGAAUCCGGCAACAUGCGCGUCCGCGGCGUCCUCAUAACAAACCCUUCCAACCCUCUCGGCGCCACCGUCAAACGCUCCAUUCUCGAACAAAUCCUCGACUUCGCCGCCCGGAAAAACAUCCACCUCGUCUCCGACGAAAUCUACUCCGGCUCCGCCUUCUCCUCCGGCGAGUUCGUCAGCAUUGCCGAGGUCCUCGCCGCCCGCCGCUACCGCGACGCCGACCGCGUCCACAUCGUCUACAGCCUCUCCAAAGACCUCGGCCUCCCCGGCUUCCGCGUCGGCACUAUUUAUUCCUACAACGACCGCGUCGUCACCACCGCCCGUCGCAUGUCCAGCUUCACUCUCAUCUCCUCGCAGACGCAGCAGCUCCUCGCCUCCAUGCUUUCCGACGCCGAUUUCACCCAAAUGUAUAUCCGGACCAACCGGGACCGCCUCCGGCGAAGGUAUCAGAUGAUCGUCGACGGCCUCGCCCGCGCCGGAAUCCGGUGCCUCUCCGGGAACGCCGGAUUGUUCUGCUGGAUGAAUUUGGGCCCCCUCCUCCGUGAAUCCUCCAUGGAAGAGGAGCUCCGAGUUUGGAAGCUGAUUCUUAGGGAAGUGAAGCUCAAUAUCUCGCCCGGUUCGUCCUGCCAUUGCUCCGAACCGGGCUGGUUCAGAGUUUGCUUUGCCAAUAUGUCUGAGGCCACUCUCGAAGUCGCACUUUCCAGAAUACACGAUUUCGUCGCAGCAAGAUCGUCACACUGACACACAGAUACACACAUAUACAUUUAAUUAAUAAUCGAUAUAUUAUCGUCGAAUUUUAUUGUAUUAAAUUGAUGAUUUAUAUUUUGUAGAAAUUUUUUCAUUCUUUCAA